AUGUCGGCGCAGCGCGUGCGCGUGUACGCGCGGGCGCGCGCGGGACGGCGCGCGGGGGAUGUGGGGACGGAGACGCGGACGUCGGGGGGUGGGGAGGCGGACCGGCGUUCGGGCGGGGCGUUGACCGAGCCCGCGGACGGGGAGGGGGGGGCGUGGAUCGACGGCGCGGCGGUGCGCGUGCGGACGACGGCGUCGACGCACGGGAUCGCGCGGCGGUACGCCGUGGACGGUGCGUUCGAUGGGAACGCGACGCAGCGAGAGGUGUACGCGGAGUGUUGCGCGCCGGUGCUCGAGGCGGUGCGGAACGGAUGUCGCGGGUGCGUCUUGGCGUACGGACAGACGGGAUCGGGGAAGACGUACUCGCUGUUGAACGGUGGGGUCGAAGACGAGGGCGAGGGCGCGAGCGGUGGGCCGGGAAUCAUUCCGAGGAUUGCCGUGGAUUGUUUCGCUCGGGCGGCGAGCGACGCGAGGCACGCGUACGAGGUCUCCGUGUCCAUGGCGCAGAUUUAUAACGAGCACGUCGAUGAUUUGGUGGCGAAGCGAUCGGGCUUAAAAGUCACACCUGCGUGCGACGGUUCGGGUUGGGAGAUCGAGGGUUUGGCUUGGACACCGUGUCGAAACGCCGAGGACGUGCUCGAGUGCUUUCGCCGAGGACGCUCGCGUUUGGUCUACGCGGAGACGCACAUGAACAAACAGAGCUCGCGGUCGCACUGCGUUUUCCAGAUGCAAAUAGAGCGCAUCGAGCGUCCGCUUGAGGCCGAGACGGAUGAAGAAGCCGGAACGACGGAUGGAGAGACGAGCGAUGCGCACAAACUCGUCACCGUGGAGAAGCGUUGUGGAUUACUCACCAUUGUUGACUUGGCGGGAAGCGAGCGUCAGAAGAAGACGCAAAACGUCGGUGAGCGAUUCAAAGAGGCGCUCAACAUCAACGCGAGCCUUUUCGCCCUCGGGAACGUCGUCAGCGCGCUCGCGGCGGGGCACAAACAUAUUCCGUAUCGCGAUUCGACUCUGACCAAAAUCUUAGAAUCGAGCUUGAACGGGAAGAGUCGCACGGUGAUGCUCGUGUGCGUGAACACAGAAGUCGAGCACGCGAACGAGAGCGCGAGCUCACUUGAUUUCGCCACUCGAGCGAUGCGCAUCGUGACUUCGCCUGAGGUGCGAUCGUCCGUCGUUGAUAUGGAUCCUCGGAAGCUGACGCAAGCGCUGCGCGGUCAAUGCGACGACGAAGCUGUUGAUCGAUUAAUGGGUGAGGUCACGUCUCUAAGACGAGCGCUCGCUAACGCGACGAAGAGCUCCGAGGAAGACAUUAACGCCAUGAAACACGCGAGGGAUCAGUUGCAGCAUGAGAUUUGCAACACCCGCGUGCAAACUGAAUCGCUGAAAAAGGCACUUGAGCUGGCUCGAUGUGAGACGAUGACAAAAGCCAAAGAGUUCGACGCAAUCGAGAGUCUGCGAAGCUCCCUGGAAGCGCGCGUGCGAGGACUAUUGGUGAAAGUCGCAACGAUGACGAGUGAGCGAGAGAGUGAACGAGCACGGUGUAAGAAUGAAGUGGAUACCAUGCGCGCCGCCGCGCGUAAAUUGGAGGCACAACUUAGCGCCGAGCGAGCGACGGCAACGCACAACUCCAGGCGCGCCGAGCAGCUCUCGCGCGCCUUCAACGAACUCAAAUCUACAUCUGCCAUCGUCACGAAAGAGCGCACUGAGCUGUACGAAGAGAUCAGCAAGCUUCGAUCGACGAGUCAGUCGCAGCGAGUGGUGAACGCUCGGCUCACUCGCGCCGGGUACGCGCUCGAAUCCAAACUUACCAAAUUUUCCGACGAGAACGAAGAGCUCGCGUGCGAGUUGUUCACGACGUACGUCUUGGGAAAGUAUCACGCCCUGAGAUACGACGCCGUGGGAGCGCAAUGGCGAGAGAAUACCGUGGAGUUAUCGAGACGCUUCAUCGAGGCGGACGCGGCUCGUUCUAGGCACUCAGUCUUCCGGCGGGCCGCGGCGAGACGAUCGACAGAGCGCUCCGCGCUCUUAGACUCGCUUCGCAAAGACAAUGCGAGCUGCAAAGAUCGUUUGCGGAAGACACUCGAUGAGGCGGGAACGAACGACGCGCGAUACACCCGCGACGUUGAGUCGAUUCGAGCCAAAGCCGAAUCCCACGCGCGUCGAGCCCGAGUCGCGGCUCAUCUCCACGCCGUCUCCACCGACCGUCAGCUCGAGCGCGGGAUCGUUCUGACCAAAAUCGCUCGAAACGGCAAGUUCUACGAGCGCUGUUUUCGCAUCAACGCCUUUUCUGGCGCUCUGGAAUCCGCGCCGCUUCCGCGUCGCUUUCGCGUCGUCGCCCAGCGUCCGCCGCGCGCCGCCGACGUCUCGACGUCACCCAACGACGUUCUCGCGCGCGACGACGAUCGAGGCAUCGUAUCCGUGCCCCUUUUCCAUCGCUCGCUCGAUCUCGCGCUGACGCACGGCGCCGACCUCACGUGGGCCAUCGCGCUCGCGCGGCGCUUCGCCCAUCCCGCGAUGGGCAUGUGA